CAUCAUCGUCAUCAUCAUCAUCGUCAUCAACACUAGUGACAGCUGUUGAGAUUGAGAAAAUGGAAUUUCAAGGAUUUGGACAAUUUUAUCAUUUUAAAUUUCUUUGAAUAAUAAUUAGUUGUCAAAGUAAUUACUGAUCAAUUUGAUAACGGAUUAGUUGUUUAAUAAAUUGUUACACCGCUGCACCUCAACGACAAAAUUAAACGGAACGACUGAUCCCGUGAAGUUUAGCAGCAGGAUCAGUACAGUCGGAGGUACAAGAAUGGACUAUUUCUUUGGCGAAGCACCCGCCUCAAAUUCCAGCCAGAACGAAGGACGGGAUGAGGACCCACGUAUGGUCGAUGAUUCAGAGGCCAGUUCGAGCAGGAAUGACACUGAAGAGAAUUCCAGCUCCUAUGACAUCAGCAGAAGAGUGCAGGAACUGGUGGACAAGAUCCACAACCAGCGCGCCAAUGACCAGAAAGAAAUUGAAAGCUUUCAGCAGACUAUUGUAGACAAGGUGACGGAGGUAUGCCAACAAAUGAAGGGGGACUUGUACAAGGCCUACGAAGAGAACAGCGACGAGAUGCAGGUGACGCUGAUGGAGUUGACCAAUGUGCUGGAUAUGUGCUCCAAACUCCACAGGGAGCUCCUGGAGGCCAGCAAAGUGCUGACCGGCCUGCGAGAUGGCCUCGCCGUCAACGGCGCAGCAGAAUCCAUGACAGACUAGAUUGCUUUCAGGUUCUCAGAAUAGUCAGGUUCCUUCCUCCAAUUUUCAGAGUUUAUCCGUUGCUGAGGAUGUUGUAGACAUAGGGCCCAAUCGUUCAGAUUUCACUCUUUACACACUUAGUACAUUCUUUGCCCCAGUUUCAGGUUCAUUGAAAGUAUUGCGUAAUCAGAGUUGAGUGCAAAAAGUAACAUGAGAGCGCAUAGUGUAGAAUUGCAGUUUUCUUUUCACAUGGAACACUUUAGCCAUGUUGAUUAUUUAAAUUUGUAUUAAAAAUACCAUGAAUAAAAAGCAGAUGUUCAUUUAUAGUCCGAUAAGGUUUUCAUGCAACACCCUAAGUGACUCUAAGUCACUAACCACUUCAGUUUUUUCCUUCAAGUCACUAACCACUUCAGUUUUUUCUUCUUUCCUUUGCGAUUCCAUUUCACCGUUUCGUUAGACAAGAGGCCACUUAGCAUUUGACAGCCUCUGUUUUACUGCUUUUCAGUACGCCAUUUCCCAUGGCUUACCAUUUCAGCAGCAUUGCAAAAAUGUUUCCCUGCAACAUUUAUACGUGUAGUACAGAUUUACAAUAUCCAUGGCAUGUUUCUCUACACUGGAUACCGACAAGUAUUGAUGACCUCAUGUCUGAAAGAAUGAUAUCUAAAACUAAAAAGGGGAAG